CACUUUUGGAGCAGUUGAGCAAUGAAAAUGUAUUUCUGAGCCGUGUUUUCUACUGGGCCAUACAACACUAGCUAGUUUGUUUCCAUGCUACGGACACCAAAGGACGCGCAAUAAGAUAGGAAGGCAGUCCCAGCACAAUGCGUCCCAGACUGGCCACCCCAGCCCUGGUCACCCUGCUGCUCCUGCAGCUGAUCACCAUGGUGGUGAUGUUCGGCUGGUACCGCCACCAGUCCCCGGCCAGCACCCCGCCGCCGCCCCCCCCGGAGCAGCGCCAGGUCCACGUGCUGCUGCUGUCGUCGUGGCGCUCCGGCUCCUCCUUCCUGGGUCAGGUGUUCAGCCAGCAUCCGUCCGUCUUCUACCUGAUGGAGCCGGCGUGGCACGCCUGGGUGACGCUGGGCCGCGGGGCGCGGAGCCUGCGCAUGGCCGUGCGCGACCUCCUGCACCAGGUGCUGCGCUGCGACCUGUCCGUCAUGGACGCCUACAUGCCGCCGGAGCGCAACGUGUCGCGGCUGUUCAUGUGGAGCCACAGCCGGGCGCUGUGCUCUCCGCCCGCCUGCCCGCUCACGCCGCGCGGCGCCUUCAGCAACCAGAGCGAGUGCCAGAAGCGCUGCGACCGCCGGGGCCUGGGCAAGGCCGAGGAGGCGUGCCGCAGCUACUCGCACGUGGCGCUCAAGGAGGUGCGCCUGUUCGAGCUGGAGUCGCUCUACCCGCUGCUGCGCGACCCGUCCGUGGACCUGCGCAUCGUGCACCUGGUGCGGGACCCGCGGGCCGUGUGGCGCUCGCGCGACCAGUCGGCCAACUCCUUCUUCCGCGACAACGCGCUGGUGCUGGAGCAGGGCGACGGCAAGGGCCUGGAGGCGCAGUACCGCGUCAUGCAGGAGGUGUGCCGGAGCCACGUGCGCAUGCACGAGACGGCGCUGCUCAAGCCGCCCGACUUCCUGCGCGGCCGCUACAAGAUGGUGCGCUACGAGGACCUGGCGCGCGACACGCUGGCGCAGGUGGAGGCCAUCUACCGCUUCACGGGCCUGGAGAUGACGCAGCCGCUGCGGGACUGGAUCUACCGCAUCACGCACGGCAAGGGCAAGGGCACCAAGAAGGAGGCCUUCCAGAUCACCUCGCGCAACGCCGAGGACGUGUCGCGGGCCUGGCGGACCACCGUGCCCUACGAGAAGGUGCGGCGCGUCCAGGAGGUCUGCAAGGGCGCCAUGUCCCUGCUGGGCUACCGUACGGUGGACAGCGAGAAGGAGCAGCGGCAGCUGGACAUAGACGUGCUGUCGCCACGGGAACCCUACCACUUCAGUUGGCUGCCCUCCAAGACCACCAAGCGCUCCAGUAAUGGCUAGCACACCGUGCACAAGAUAAGGUGGCUCAAGAGCAGGACGUUUAGCUCGCAUGAAGCACAGACCAUCAUGGUCAUCCCAUAUGAAAAGACUAUACAACCUCAUCACUGCAACAGUAGAGGCACAUUUUAAUGUGUUGACCCGCUCUUGUGUGUGUUAUGUAAUUUAUUUGUCGUGGAGGAAUGAGGCUGGAACUUGGAUGACAGCUGAAUGAAUGUUUGAAUGCAUUUGAAAUGGACUGUGAUGGCCCACUGCUGGCAGAGGGCAGGUAUUGAAGGGGCAAUUAUAUAGGCAAUAGGCAAUUUUAUGGAUUUGUAUACGUUUGUCUCCUACUUGUUUACAAAGCCGUUCAGAUUUUGGGACCUGUUUUUUGAAAGACCCGUCAGCAGCCCCGUUUACAUGGACACUUUUAAUCUGAUAAGAAACAGAAUAAUAGAAUAUAGAACAUCUUUGUCACAGAGACGAUGAAAUUAAGUGCAGUCCUUGUCAAGUGGCAGACAUCACUUAGGUAGUAUAAAUAAAUAUGGAAAUAAUGGCUCAAUCGGAAUAAAAAUGCCAUAUGUAAACAGUAAACACCUCAACUGAUCGGAUUCAGCCUAAUCUGACUACAUUUCCAAUCUGGAGAGAGGAGGUUGUGUACUAUGUUAUGAUGAUCUGAUCAAUGGAAAAAUCCACAUUUAAUCCGAUUGUGGGGAGUACAACAAUCUUUUUUGUUUUUACAUUUCCACAAAGGUGUUCCCUAUGUGGUAAUAAUGCACAUUGACAACAAAUGAGUUUCCUUGGCAGCAAUACAACUAUAAGCUUCGAAAUGGAUAAAUGCUUGUUUCAUGUAACAUAGAUUAGACAUCAAUCGGUUUAUUAGUGUCCAUGUACAGUUCGGUUGAAAUCUUUCAUCAGAUUAAUAUCAAUCUGAUUGAGAAAAAAAAAUCCAUGUGAACGCAGCUAUUGUCUUCUAUGUUGAUAAAACAACAACAUGCUAGAGACAAUGAACCUACAAUUUACUACUAAGCAGAGAUACAAUGCCACUUCUACAUUGUAUCAUUUCAGAUAUUCUACUGGGCAAGGCUUCGGGUACCUAUUACAAUUGCGAAAAACAGUUUUCCAAAUAUUUGCUAUGCAAAAAGGAUAAUAAUAUUCUUUCAGAGACCAUUAGGUGCAUCACUCACUUGAUUGAAAAAUAUAAGUGAUGUAUGAGUUUCUAAAAAAAAACCUGAAUCAGGUCUGCUUCAAGCUUUCCCUGAACAGAACUGACCUGAUAAACUAUUGGUGUUUGAUAUAGCCUACUAGUUUGUGCUCUUAUCAUUUCUCUGAUACCCAAAUUACUCUCUAUUCAUUGCAUGUAAUUAAUAUAUAUAUAUAUAUAUAUAUAUAUAUGUAUGUGUGUGUGUGUGUGUGUGUGUGUGUGUGUGUAUAGACACACACACACAAGAGGCUGGAGGUUUAGAGUCAGUAUCUGUUACACUGUUACAAAUUUGAUUCAAAGAUUGGCUAGCAAUUUGAUUGCUGAAGUCUGUACUCUGGCCAGUUACAGACUCUCCUCUAGCAAGCAAUGAGAACCAUCUGUUUCCACAAUGAUUCAGCUUUGCAAAGCUGGCUAGGUCACAAGCUUUCUAGAUGUAAUAUGGGAAUUAAGGGAUGGUAUAAGCUUUGGAGUCAUAGUAUAGAACAUAUCCAACUCUGGUCUCUCACAAGGGUUGGAAUGUAGACUGUAACAACACAACAUAUACAGCUAUCGUGGUUCACUUUUCAACCGGAAUUCUCCACACUCACUGAACGAGUCUGACGAGCAGACAUUAAUGUUUUCAAGUGUGUGUGUGUCAUUGUUUUUGGUGUAUUCAAAAAUGGAUAAAUGAUUUUGAUCAGGGUGUAGGGAUGUAAUGAUUCUACACCAAGCAGUGUGUUUGUGUGUAUUAGGAAAGGGUUUCUAAUGUAUUGUUGUUUUAAUUACGUUUGUUGGGGUGGGAGAGCGAAGAGGCGUUGUGGUGGGUUUGGGUGGGGGACUGUAGAUGUCUUAGCAGGGAGUGGCAUGGACAAAUCGGUUCUUGGGGUUGUUUUAAAUCAUACUGAUUUACAGUCUGGGCUGAUGUGCGUCAGGGCCAGCAUCUCUCCCCAGAGAGACAGGGUGGAGAGGCCGCUCAAGCUGCUCUGUGACGUCACGGCAGAAUGCUGACAAACCACAGCUCUGGUGGACUACAGGCCUGCGUGAGAGUGCACACAAGAGGUGUGUGAAGUCCAGUGACGGUAUGACGAGGUACUGAACCCCAAUUUCACUGCGCAGGUGCGGAGACUGUGAACAGCAAAAGUCUCGUCAGGCAAAACUCUUCUGCCGAAGGCGCUGUGGCACAGGAUUAUCCGAAAUGAUCUGUCAGCAGUGUUUGUUUUUGUGAUGGGAAUGCUUCCAUUACCUGUGCUUUCAUGUGUCUACUCUAAACUAAUGGUAGGAAAGGUGGAGUAUAUGACGCUGAAGGUGACCUUCAAAGAAGCUGGUACGUGUGUAUAUAGUAUUUGUGCGGUUAGGCGAUUCGUUUGGCACAUUCGGACGGUACUGUGCCUGAAGAACCCCUCCAUCCAACUAAAGUGACACUGGGAAGAUCUUCACAGUGAGGAUUUAAUGCGGACAUGUAAGCCAUGAAAAGACAGAUGUUGGUACAUAAACGACCACUUAUUGGUGUCUCGUGCCCAUGCUUUUGAUCCAUGUUGAGAUGUAAAAAAAAAACAAUUUUGUUUGUAACUAAGGACAGUGUAUUAUUAGCUUGUAUUAGACAUUAAUCAAGCCCAAUCCUUUUCCAAUUAAUCAUGUUGAUUCUGGUACAGAUCUCUUUAUUUUCUAUUUUCUCUCUAUUUCCAAUUAAAAAAAAAAU